ACAAGGCAGCCACAAGUAGGAGAUACUGCCAGAGUGGAGACAACAGCACAGGAGGACAACAUAGACCUCAUCUAACUCCUUUAUUGAGUACAAAUCUCUUCCUACAUUUUAUAUAUGUAGUUAACUUUAUAUUUUUUUUAUACAUGGAAUAGAUACUGUAUAUCAGGAGCAUCAAGGUGAGAUCUUGUCUAGGACAGUACUGAGGGCACUUGUACAUGGACCUUGUGUACUAAUACUGUAUUACUGAUUCAUUGAGUAUAGUUGGAAGUAACAUAGUCCAGUGAGUACAAUGAAUGCAGACAGCAAGCCUGUUCCCCUGCGCUGUGUGCUCAUGACUAUUAGUAUGGGGGUCCUUCUGAUUCUUCUCAGCGCCUGUCCUGCUUGUACCCAUAAGAACAGAGGAUCUAAAUUUGAGGAUGCCUCCAUCACAGUUCUACCCUCAGUCGGGAUACCUGUACUUACACCCCCAGAACAGAUUGACACCACAGUAGAGAAGUUACUGAGGAAAGGGACAGGAGCACAAGCUACCAAAUAUUCCCCCAAGAACUCCUGGCUGUUUUUUCUCAAGCACUCUGACCGUGAAGCAAAAAACAAGAAAAAGGGACAUGAGGACUCUCUGCGAAAUCAUCACUCGGGACCGGUUGGCCCUCCAGCGCCUUCAAGACAUCAUAGUCAUUCCAUCAAUCAUGUCUACAGGCAGAAGAAACUUUCGCAAUUCCUGCAGCUCAUGAGCGAUGUUCUCCUGAAACAGAAGGAUGGCGAACAGUCUCUAGCUCCUGGAACCAUUCCAACUGUGCUCCCUACAAAGGUGCAUGCAGCCUUUACAUGUAAGACCAUCGGAGAUAUCCAAGUGGAAUCCGGAGAGAUGAAGGAACUUCAGAAUUACCAACGGCCUCUUCUGGAGGGAUCCUUUUACAGAGGAGCCGGCCUGAAUUCAACCAGCGGUCGAUAUAUUGCUCCAGUCACAGGUCUAUAUGCCUUCUUUGCAAGACUCCAGAUUGAUUUUCAGAAACCGGCUCAGCACUGGGAUACCCCGGGUUUUCUAUGUGUGCAGCUCUGUAUCCUGUCCCUUUGCCAGGAAAAAUUGUCCCUGCAACAAAUUGGCGUUUUUACCAGCAGCGAGGUGGCAGCUACAAUCACGUUGAAUGGAGUAUUGUAUAUCCAGAUCCACAAUUUAUGCGAGAUGGAUAUGGUCGUGUACAUGAGGCCUUAUGCAGCAUUCCCUAACCGCAGAAGUUUCUGACAGCCUCCACUCCUAGGCCAUGCUUCACCAAAUGCAGACUUUUGGCUACUUCUAGUCCAUGCUUCGUCAAAAGGUAGAAUUUUUCCCCAAUAGCAAAAAAAAAAUUAAAACAUGUCUACACAUUGUCCCAGCCCAGUGUAUAGCAGAAGGAUGACACUAUGGUGGAUUGGGGCCUAGGGACACAUCGAAGUACGGUAUAUGUCAGUGAAGGUUACCCUUUGAUACAU